UACCGGCACCGGGGGGGCACCGAGGAUGGGGCUCCGGGGAUGGCAGCACCGAGGGGGCACCGGGGAUGGGAGCACCGGGAAUGGAGUUCCCAGGGGAUGUCAGCACCUGAGUACCGGCAGCGAGGGGACACCGGGCAUAACGGCACCGAGCACAGCAGAACCGAGGUGGGACAGAAGAUGUGGGCUCCGGGGAUGGAAGUACCGGGGAUGGCGGCACCGAAAAGAUACCGGGGAUGGCGGAACCCAGGGAGCAUCGGGGAUAACAGCACCGGAGAUACCGGCACCAAGGAGGCACCGGGGGUGGAGGCACCGAGGGGUAUCAGCUCCUGGGUACCAGCAGCGAGGGCACACCGGGGAUAUCGGUACCGAGGUGACACCGGGGAUAACGACACCGGGGAUAGCGGUAUCGAGGGGGUACCCGGGGAUAAACGGCACUGGGGAUAAAGGCACCAAGGAGGCACCGGGGAUACCGGCACCGGGAAUACGGGCACCGAGAAUACCGGCACUGAGGGGAUACCCGGGGAUAACGGCACUGGGGAUAAAGGCACCAAGGAGGCACCGGAGAUAACGGUACCGGGGAUACCGGCACCGAGGGGAUACCUGGGGAUAACGGUACCCGGGAUAAAAGCAGCGGGGCGGACAUCGGGGAUCCCAGCACCGAAGAUGCCCUGCAUCCAGGCGCAGUACGGCACGGUGGGCACCGGCCCCUGCGAGCGCUGCCCGGCCGAGCUGCUCAGCCCCGAGGGCGGCCGAUUCCCCAUGGAGGUGGCCGGCACGGACCUGGCGGCCGCCCCCGCCCUGCCCAGCUUCAGCACCUUCAUGGAGGGCUACGCCGGCGAGUUCGAUGCCUUCCUCUACCAGCUGCCGGCCGGUGGCCAGCCCACUGCCACCUUCAAGCUGGAUGACUUCCAGGUGUACGGCUGCUACCCUGGCGCCUUCGGCGGGCAGCCAGAUGAGACCCUCUCCUCCAGCGGCUCGGACUGUUACGGCAGCCCCUGCUCCGUCCCCUCGCCCGCCACGCCGGGCUUCCAGCCACCCCAGGUUCCAGGCUGGGACGGCUCCUUCGGGGCGUACUCGCCCCCACCGAACUAUGAGGGUGGGCGGCCCUGGGUUGAACCGGCCGAGGGCAGCGGGUCGCAGCCCCCCUUCUUCGCCUUCGGCCCCCCGGCACCACGCCCCGGUGGGUCCCCCGCGACCCUGAAGGGACAACCGGGCCCCUCGCCCCGCCUGGACCCGCAGCUGCUGGACACAGACACCUUCGCCCUGGCGCAGGGCUCCCCAGGGGGCUUCGCCGGGCUGCCCCUGCCCCCCGCCUCACCGCUGCUGGAGGGGCUGCCGCUGGCCCCCAGCAAGGCGCGCAGCCCCGGGGCGGGCGAGGGCCGCUGCGCCGUGUGCGGGGACAACGCCUCCUGCCAGCACUACGGCGUGCGCACCUGCGAGGGCUGCAAGGGCUUCUUCAAGCGCACAGUACAGAAGAACGCCAAGUACAUCUGCCUGGCCAACAAGGACUGUCCCGUGGACAAGCGGCGGAGGAACCGCUGCCAGUUCUGCCGCUUCCAGAAGUGCCUUGCCGUCGGCAUGGUCAAAGAAGUGGUCCGGACCGACAGCCUGAAGGGGCGGCGGGGCCGCCUGCCCUCCAAGCCCAAACAGCCGCCGGACGCAUCGCCCGUCAGCCUCAUCACCUCCCUGGUGCGGGCGCACAUCGACUCGGUGCCCAGCGCCACCAAGCUCGACUACUCCAAGUUCCAGGAGUCGGUGCCGUGCCAGUUCGAGAAGGAGGACUCGAUGGACGUGCAGCAGUUUUACGACCUGCUCACCGGCUCCAUGGACGUCAUCCGCAAGUGGGCCCAGAAGAUCCAGGGCUUUGCCGAGCUGCCCAAGGAGGACCAGGACCUGCUGCUGGAGUCAGCCUUCCUCGAGCUCUUCAUCCUCCGCCUGGCCUACCGCUCCAAGCCCGAGGAAGGGAAACUCAUCUUCUGCAACGGGGUGGUGCUGCACCGCCUGCAGUGCGUGCGCGGCUUCGGCGACUGGAUCGACGCCAUCCUGGAGUUCUCCCACAGCCUGCACCGCAUGAGCGUUGACGUCCCCUCCUUCUCCUGCCUCGCCGCCCUCGUCAUCAUCACAGACCGCCACGGGCUGAAGGAGCCGAAGCGGGUGGAGGAGCUGCAGAACCGCAUCGUGGGGUGUCUGAAGGACCACGUGGCCGCGGGGGGGGCCGAGCCGGGGCGCCCCGGCUGCCUCUCCAAGCUGCUGGGCAAACUGCCCGAGCUGCGCAGCCUCUGCACCCAGGGCCUCCAGCGCAUCUUCUACCUGAAGCUGGAGGACCUGGUGCCGCCGCCCCCCAUCGUCGAUAAGAUCUUCAUGGACACGCUGCCCUUCUGAGCCCCCAGCGGGGGGGCUGCCACCAGCCUUGACCCUCCCGGGGUUGUCUGGGGACAUCUCGAUCACCCCCAGGGAUGCUUGGGUCCCCUGUGCAGCUGCCUGGGUGUCCCCUUGGGGACAGCCGGGUCCCCCACGUGCCUUCGUGGCGCCGGACGCAGACACACAACACCCCCAGUGCCUUCGCCCCGGGGGGCAUCGCCGGCGCGGCGCCCCCCUUCUCCCCUGUAAAAAACCCCCCUGUUGUAAAUAGCGAGCGGCCAGAUCCUGUACAGAGCAGGGAGCGCGGGGGGGGCAGGGGGCUUUGUUCCCCCCGCCCAGUCCCACUCCCUUUUAUAUUUUCUCUUUUUUGCCUCUUUUGGCCAUUUUCUGUAUAUAAACUUGUACGUAUAUUGAGAGCCACCCAAA